CGGACGAAGAAGAAGGGCCUAUUCCUCCAGCAGACUGUCCCAAAGUUUGUGAAAUUAUCACUCGGUGUAAUUUCUUGACUAAACUUAACAGAGAGUGUGGGUAAGCGGGUCGUAUGAGUGGACACCGACCGCAAGAAACUGCGACUCCUAAAUGAAACCAGCGCCACUUGUGUUAACAUCUACGCCUGCGCACUCCGUACAGAAUAUCGAGCCGCCCUUCCUCCGCGCCAACUUGCACCGCAGGGUCGGACAGACAUCGACUCACAACAGCCCUGAGUUGAUUUCCUGACCUAAUUGUUCAGUUUUCCGGCACAGCAUGGAGAACCCGGAUCGCAUCGACCACGGUAAAGAACUGCGAGAUGAAGAGAAGACGGCCACCUUGGUCCUUAACGAGGAAUGCAGCGAGAAAGCUGUCGCUAACUGGCUUGGAAUUGGCAAAACAGCCGACCAUUACAACAAUCCUCCUCUGCUGCUGCAGUCUCUGCGCCUCUUCAUACCUCCCCUGCGCCUCGUGUCUGCAGCCAUGUGGCACGUCGUGCAGAGGGGAAAUGUGCAGGACUACGGCAUGGUGGAGGAGUUCAUCAGCACCGUCACAGAAAUCGUGCCAGAACUGCUGAAUGCGGAUCAGAAGGCUCAGCUCCUCCUGGGACUGAGAGCUCGGGUGGUUCUUGAAUUGUGUCGAGCCGAGCAGAUAAGAGACACAGAAACCAUCGAGAUGCACCUGGAUCGGAUCAAGGCCCUCAUAUCCACAUGGGCGGCGCAGCCGUGUUUUGCAGAGGUCGAGUUUCCAGAGUCAAACUUUGCAGACCAAGUGGAAUUGUUGUUGAAAGACCCUGAAGAGAAGGAGAAGUUCUUCCAGGAUGUUUUCCCCACAGAUUUUGGGCCUGAAUAUGACAGUGCUCUACAAGUGCUGAUGCUUGACUUCUUAUCCAGACUGGAGAAGCUUCUUCCAGUACCAGACAUUCAACAGACUGCCUCCAUGCUCGGCGCCGUCCCCGCCGCCCUAGAGGAGUGUACACACUCAGUUCCUGACCCACAACACCUGAAAACUGUGCUCCUGUACCACACAACGCUGGGACAUUUUGACCUCUCUGAUGAAACUCAGACCAUUCCGUCUUCGUUUGGGAACUGCAUCCUCUCUUCGCUGUCCCUCCCUCAGCUGGAGAAGGUUGUGAUCGAUCCCGACCAAAUACAGCUGCAGCCUUCAUCGGAGCAGAUGCAAGGCUGCAUGACCGUCCAGGUGGAGGGUGAGACUGUGACGCUGCUGGACUACAUACACAUCGAACAGCCACCCGGUUUGGUGGAGCCUGACGAUCACGAAGAGAACGACGUAAACGAGGAGGAAACGGUUGGAGAUGCGCAAGAGGACACAGGUGACAAUUUAAAGCCGGCAGCUUUUCAGCCUCUAAAACAAAGCAAAAGGCUCCAGCUGAAGAGAAAAGCUUUAAAAGAUAAGAAAGAGUCAAUGACAGCUAAGAAGCAAAGAAAAAAAUACCCCAACAAUAAGACGUGUCCUAUCUGCAGUAAGACUUUCCUUCGAGCUGCAGCCAUGAGGCGGCAUCAGGAGAUUCAUGACGCAAAUCGGGACCUCAGGUACAAGUGUGCCAACUGCGACAAGCGAUUCAGGGACCAUUACGACAUGAACCGACACAUGAUGCGCGUUCAUGAAAAGGGAGAGAUGAGUGUGAGCCCUAAAGAGGAGGACUUGGGGGAUCCGAGCUCCUCAGAUAUAUUAGAAAACAAAAACUGUUCUCUGUGUGGGAAGUAUUUUGCCCGCCGAGUCGACAUGGAGCGACACAUGAAGUCCCACUCAGAGGACCGCCCCUACAAGUGUUCUUUCUGUGAGAAGAAAUUCAAGAAUCCCUAUGUGUUAAAGAGACACCAGAAGGAGAUUUGUAAGAGCAGAGAGCAGAAGAAGCCUAAAAGGAAAGAGACGCAACGCUCAAAUCCACUGCCGCCUACUGAGUCGUUGAUGGAAGGUAAAGUCUGUCCCAUCUGCAGCAGGAUCCUUCCUUGCACCGCCGACAUUGCCAAGCAUUUACGGUCUCACUCAGAGGAGCGCCCUUUUAUCUGCAUCACCUGUGAGAAGGGCUUUAAGUACAAGGACACCUUAAAGAAGCACCAAAUUAUUCACGGUCACGAGGGCAUCAGGGAGGAACAGAGCAAGACGCUGGAACAGAUUCUGGCUGAAGCUGAAACAGGUGGUGAUCCUGAUGGCCUUGAAAAGCAACAAAGUAAUCCAGAUGCACCCGCAGAUGCGUCGGUGGAGUCCCCGUCUGUGCAAAAAGUCACCAAAAAAGCCCUCAAAGUGUGCCCUGUCUGUUCCAGGGCGUUUGACAGCAUCAAAACCCUGAACAGGCACAUACAGUGUCACACAGAUGAUCGUCCGUAUCACUGCGUCCACUGCAAGAAGCGGUUUAAGCACAUGCACGGGCUGAAAAGACACCAGAUUUAUGCCAUUUGUCAUAAGAAAACUGCCAGAUUCACGUGGAAAAGAGAGCCGAAAGCGGGGUCCAGUCAGAGCGAAGUGACCGGUUCUGACGGCCAACAGGGUCCACCGCUGAAGAUACCGGUGUGGUGCUCGAACUGCGGCAAACACUUUGAGUAUCUGUCGGCUUUGAAGGAGCACCAGGAGAACAUCUGCAAAGUUGAGAUGACAGAAAUCAUGAAAUGUGACGACUGCGGGAAAGAGUUCAAGAGCAUGACGAUGCUCAAAGUGCACCAGAGGAUUCACGACCCGCUCUACUGCAAAGAGUGCGGAAAGAUCCUUGCGAACGAGCCCGCUUUCGAGAGGCACAAACUGAUGCACAGGCCGAUGCAGUGCACGAUGUGCGACAAGACUUUUACCUUACUGAGACGCCUGAGGGAACACUACGAGAAGCAGCACGACUUCACCGGGCCGUAUCCUUGCGUACAAUGCGACAAAACCUUCAUCCAGCUGUCCUACCUCGCCAUCCACCAGAGAAUCCACAAAGGAGAGUUCCCUUACAUCUGCAGCAUGUGCCCAGAGAAGUUCAGAUCCUCCAACUGCCUGACGGUGCACCAGCGCAAACACACCGGGGAGAAGCCCUUCCUGUGCUGGCAGUGUGGGAAAUGCUACCGCUCAGCCUCCGAGCUCACGGUCCACAUGGGAACCCACUCGGAGGAGAGACCCUGGGCGUGCACACAGUGCGACAUGGCUUAUCGCACCAAGCUGCAGCUGACCAACCACGUGGAGCAAAUCCACAUCGGCGUCCGGUAUCCCUGCAACAGCUGCGGGAAGCAGUUCAUGAAGGAGACGUCGCUGAAGAGGCACGAGCUCAUCCACACGGGCGAGAGGCCGCAUCAGUGCACGGUGUGUGGAAAGACCUUCCUGACCGCCAACGAGCUCCGCCUCCACAACAGGUACCACACCGGAGAACGGCCGUACAAGUGCGAAGUGUGCGGCAAAGCCUUCAUCCAGUCGGGCUACCUGAAGUCGCACAUGCGCAUCCACACAGGAGAGAAGCCAUUUAAAUGUGACAUUUGUGAUAAAGGCUUUAGGUUGUCGUAUCACAUGAAGAAACACAGGCGGACUCACGCUGGGAAGCCAAAGAGCUACAUCUGUGAGGAGUGUGGGUUAGCAUUCCUCCAGAAAAAAUCCCUCUGGGAACACUCGCUCACUCACGAUGUGAAAAUUGAAUCGUCGUUCGCUGAUGAAGUGAGGAUAGAAUUUCAGUAGAAGCCUCUGUUUUGUUUUCAUGAACUCAUUUUCCUUUAUAUGACGUCCGCGUUUCUCCAGCACUUAAUUUCUUUGUUUGAUUUGGUUUCUAAGUUGGUGCUCUUCUUUGUCUCUUGUUGCAUCGUUGUGUUGAUGCACGUUCUGAAUUCUCAAUAAGUCAUGCAUGUUGGCAUCCAAUGAAUCAUUUCUGCUGACGUUGCUUUUUGAAAUAAAUCAAGCUUGAAUGUUA